CAACUAACCUAACUUUGUUUUGUUGAAGUUUGAUUUUUGAGCAGAGUUUUUCAAUAUUUACGAUAAAAUAUUUCUUUUUGGCCAAGGAUACAUUAUAAUUAAAAAAUGUCCUUAGCAGACGAACUUCUCGCUGAUUUGGAGGAAAAUGAUCAUGAAGAUGAAGAAGAAGCAGACCAGGAAAUGGAAACACAAGAGAUUGAGGAAAAAGAGGAAAAGCCUGAUAUUAAACAAUUUCAAAUGGAAAUAGACACAACUCAGAUUAAUUCUAUUAGAGAUCUGUGUAAACUUAGAUAUUCAGAGAAGUUGCUCAGUGUAAUGAAGCAAAUAGAGAAUUAUGGUUCAAAAGUUAGGAAGGCCACAGAAAUUAUAGGACCUGUCGAAGCUGAUUCUGAAUAUCAAUUAAUUGUAGAGGCCAAUGAUAUUGCUCAGGAUGUUGACAGUGAAGUGGUGACUAUUCAUAAAUUUGUGAAAGACAAAUAUCAGAAAAGGUUUCCAGAGUUAGAUUCUUUAGUUGUAAGUCCUUUAGAAUAUGUUAAAACUGUGAAGGAACUAGGAAAUGAUUUAGAUCAAGCAAAAAACAAUGAAGUAUUACAGCAGUUUCUGACACAGGCUACUAUUAUGGUGGUUUCCGUAACAGCUUCUACUACACAAGGAACAUUCCUCACAAAAUAUGAAAAGGAGCAAAUUGAUGAGGCCUGUGACAUGGCAAUUGAACUAAAUAAUUUUAAAUUGAGAAUAUACGAAUAUGUUGAAAGCAGAAUGACUUUUAUAGCUCCAAAUAUGACAGUUAUAUUAGGUGCUUCAAUUGCAGCAAAACUUAUGGGUGUCGCAGGUGGGUUAACAAGAUUAUCUAAGAGUCCCGCUUGUAAUGUUUUAUUGCUCGGUCAACAGAAAAAGACCUUGUCUGGUUUCAGCCAAGUUAACAUGUUACCUCACACAGGAUUUGUCUAUUACUGUGACAUUGUUCAAAAUACACCACCGGAUCUAAGAAGGAAAGCUGCUAGAUUGGUAGCCACAAAAUGUACUUUAGCAGCGAGAGUAGAUGCAUCUCAUGAAAGCUCGGAUGGAAGGAUAGGGAGAAUGUUAAGGGAUGAAAUUGAGAGAAAACUGGAUAAACUUCAAGAACCUCCACCAGUUAAGUUCAUUAAACCCUUGCCGAAGCCCAUUGACCAGCCCAAGAAGAAAAGGGGUGGAAAAAGAGUUCGGAAAAUGAAAGAAAGAUAUGCAUUGACUGAAUUUCGAAAACAUGCUAACAGAAUGAACUUUGCUGAGAUUGAGGAUGAUGCUUACCAGGAGGAUUUAGGAUACACUAGGGGUACUAUUGGUAAAGCUGGAACAGGAAGAAUAAGAUUGCCGCAAGUAGAUGAAAAAACUAAAGUUAGAAUAUCUAAAACGUUGCAAAAGAACAUGCAAAAACAGCAGAUUUGGGGAGGAAGCACUACAGUGAAAAAACAAAUAUCUGGUACUGCUUCAAGUGUGGCAUUCACGCCUUUACAGGGUCUUGAAAUUGUUAACCCUCAAGCAGCAGAAACCAAUGUUAAUGAAGCCAAUGCAAAAUACUUUUCAAACACAUCAGGAUUUAUUAAUUUGAAAAAAUAAACUUAUUGAAGAAAAGAAUACAUAAUCAGUAUUUAAAUUGUUUAUUAAUAUGUAACAAAAAAGUCUUGGGCUAACUUAUGUGUACAAUAAACACAACUGAUUAAA